GAGCGCGCGUCUCUUUUUUCAGUCUCGAGGGUUUUUAAAAAAAGAGCUGGUCGCCCCGAUGCUGGACGUGCUAUGACAGCGUCAUUGCUCCUCCACCCGCGCUGGAUCGACCCGGUGAUGUUCCUGUACGACAGUGCCUUGGAUGAAGUGAACAAAAACAUGGAAGGGUUUCCCGGAGGCAACUUCGCAGCGAGUCAGUGCCGGAAUCUGGUGGCUCAUCCCGCAUCCCUGGCGCCCGGCUCGGCGUACCCGUCGGGAGAGGUGCCGGUGUCCGCCGUGGGCGAAGCUGUCAAACAGUGCAGCCCGUGCUCGGCCGCCCAAAGCUCCCCCAGCGCCUCUCUGCCCUACGGCUACUUCGGCAGCAGCUACUACUCGUGCAGGCCGUCCCUCCACGGCGGCGCGAAGUCGUGCGCUCAGCCCUCCACGUACGGGGAAAAGUACACGGACACGCCGGUCUCCGGGGACGAGUUCACGUCCAGAGCCAAGGAGUUCGCCUUCUACCAAGGCUAUCCUGCCGCUCCUUACCAGCCGGUGCCCAGUUACCUGGACGUGUCCGUGGUGCCCACCCUGAGCGGCCCCGCGGAGUCCCGGCACGAGCCUCUGUUGCCCGUGGACAGCUACCAGCCGUGGGGUCUGUCUAACGCGUGGAACGGCCAGGUUUACUGCGCUAAGGAGCAAGCGCAGAGCAACCAUUUGUGGAAGUCCUCCAUGCAAGACUCGGCGUCCCACGCGGGGGAAGGCGGCGCCGCACGGCGCGGGCGGAAGAAGCGCGUACCCUAUACGAAGGUGCAGCUGAAGGAGCUCGAGCGCGAGUAUGCCACCAACAAGUUUAUUACGAAGGACAAGCGGAGGAGGAUCUCGGCCCAGACGAGCCUGACCGAGCGGCAGGUGACCAUCUGGUUCCAGAACCGACGGGUGAAGGAGAAGAAACUGGUGAGCAAGUUCAAGAGUCCGAGUUAGCUUCUGCUGGAAAGCGUGAGAGACAGAAAGAUGGAUCACGCGGGGAGAUUUGUUCUGUUAUGACUGAUUAAUUCAUACCAACGCGACAGUCGGUGUGAGAGGGUGGUAGGUGUGCUUCGCAACACAGCCGGGUAUCCCUUGUAUUUUUUUGCGGGUCUGAAACGCAAACUGGAAAGGUUUAUAUUACCAAGUUGUGGGAUGUUGCUGAAGACCAGCAUGGGCCAGCGAGCAGAUCAAGACCAAGUCGGAGGAAAAGUUUGUGAAAUUGCAAUAGAGGAAAUUGCGAAAAUCAAAUUAACACCACACCACACACCCUGUGCUCAGGAAAAAAGAAGAUGUGCAUCAAGUUUUUGUCUUUGUUUAAAAACAACAGUAAACACGAGAGCUUGCAAGAACUGUGCAAGAUUUAAUAAGUACUUUAGUUAAACAUACUAAAUGCAUACUGCUUUAACCCCCUUUUAUUGAAACAAUCUGCACUGCAACUUAAGACAAUUUGUGUUCAUGAAAUCAGUAUUUGUAUAUUGUUGUAUUAAAG